UUAUGCUUUUUUGUCACAUAUGGAAAAUAGAUUGGAGCAAAAGCUCGAAAAAAGGUUGGGAAAUUCGUUGUCGAAGGUCCUGAAUAAUAGCUUGCAACAAUGGUCAGUGCAGCUAAAUAAAGCUAGUUGGGUCGGUGCUGCAGAAUCUAACUUCCCAAAAAAGAUUUUCAAGAAACCACGAAACCAAUAUGAGUACGAUGUGGAGGAUUCGAAGGAGAAAGUGACAGAGGUACAGGAGCUGUUAAAACUGAGGGCAUUUGUUCUAAGAGUCGCGGAAGAAGAAGGUUGGAAAGUGGUGGCAAAGAUACCAAAACCAACCUCUAGUGAAACCGAUGAAUUUAGGGAAUUAUUAACUGAAGCAAGGAAACAAGCUAAACCUUCUGAAGGAUUUCCUGCAUUCUAUAGUAGAGGAACCUGGAGAAGUAGAGGCACCUUAUGUCCAGCACCCACCACCUAUGUUUCAAGGGUACCAGAGUCAGAAUGUGAUCCCGAACCCAG